GCCCCGACCGCAGGGGGCGCACCAGGGAGUCUCCGGGCACCGAGCGCGCCGCCGACGCCGCUACGUUGCCCCCUGGCCCCGGGGUGGGCGCUCGCGAUGGCUACUGCGAGCCCGGGGAAGGGGCGAGGCUGAGAAGGUGGCUCGUGGGGCUAUGGAGGGAAUGGGAGGCGGCGAGACGAAGUCUGUCUAAAUGCCAAUUCCCUGAAGUUCAGCGCAUCGGUUGUCAUUUCAUACCUUAAUGCAUAUUUAUGCUGCGCCGAAACAGGCUUCAUAAUUAACUCCCGGAGCAUCCGCAGAGGUUAAAGGGACCCCGAAGAUUUGUGCAUUGAUUGGGUAGCACGGCGGUGUGUGUAUGUGUGUGUGUGCGCGCGCGCGUGUGUGUGCGUGCGCCCCGUGCGAACCCAUUGAGAAGAAUAAUUAUUUUUCUCCACUGGAAGCUACAGCAGAGAAUCAGACAAGGAGUGAAGAGAGAGAGAAAGAGAUUGGAGAGGGAGAGAGAGAGAGAGAAAGAGACAAAGGAAGUGAGUGCGAGAGAGGAGACGGCUUAGCAUCCGAACUAUCUUCUCUGGUGAGCAGCCCCCAGCCUGGCCCAGGGCAUGCCCCAGUUCACUUUCGCUUGCUUCUGUGGCCUCCACGGUUUCUGCAAGAUGAAGAGGAAGAAGGAGGAAGUUCACAGAGAGCGGGAAACGGCGGUGUGAGCGGAGCCAGGGCCCCUUCUUCAGCCCCCAGCAGGUCCUAGGCCUGAGGCGCCUGCUUCUGUCUGAGGCUUGGAGCAGGAAGUUUCCAUCUGGCCAGGGCUCUUCUCAGGCGACCCGACCACCUGACCCCGUCUAACCUGUGAGCAUCAGCCUCCUGUGUGCCCUGGCCUCCUCCUGCCCCUGGGUUUCCAAUCCUGAGACCUCCCUGAAGAGAGGCCCCAGUCACACCAGGGCAAGCCCAGGACCUGCCGUGUGCCUUCCAGAGACUGAGAAGCCCCAGGGAGGCCCCAGGAACGGAGCUUCUUUCUGUCCUGAGGUCCCGAGGGCUCUGGGACUCUGCUCAGGGUAACCACUCCCAUGAGGGACAUGCUGCCUUGGGCCAGGGGAGCUGUUGCUAAAUGGGAAACUGGCUGCUCUGCCAGAGAAACUCCCAGCAGCCUUGACCGUGGGAGAGGCCUCAGGCAGGUAGAUGUGUGAGACAGACCUGCUCCAAGCCCAGGAUGGAGUCUCUCCUGGGAUGCCAGGACCUGAGGCGGGAGCCUCCACAGAGCCCAGAGCCGAGUCCACAGGAAUGUGGCCAGGAGAUGAGUCCUUUACCGUCUGUCCCCUCCCAGCGUCCCUUUGGGCCAGGCCUGAGGGAGGCCACCUGGCUGUGAGUGGCGUGGCUGUGCAGGGCCAGUGAGGGGCCGGGCAGACGUCUGUCCUCACCUUGCCCCAGCUCACAGCAGGCUCUGCGUCUCCCUCUGCACUGCUCUCUCCCACACUCCAGAAAGCAGCCUUCCCUCCAGCCCGGCCUCUCUGCCCACUCAUCUCCACUAUGUCUCCUCAGCAGCAGCUCAGAUGUGGGUGGCCUCCUUCCCAGGCCUUGACUCCCCUCCUCAGGGACUGCCUUCCGGGGCCAGACCAGGUGAUCCCUUUCCUGGACUAAACUGAGCCCUCCCUUUGUUCUCCCAUCUCCUGCCUCACUCACCUGCCCCUUCCUUCUCUUCUCAGAAGCCCUAGAGGGGGAAAUGCUGGCAUGUGGUGCCUUUAGGGGACGCUCUGGGAGGAGGGGGCCCUCUAAGACCUUCCUUGACUUGUCCCCUAAUCUCCUUACCUCCAGCAACCUUCAGGGUCAGAAUCUGUCUCCACUCCCAGCCUAUUUCCAGGAGGUAGGAAGCAAACAAAAAACCAUCUCCUUCCUUCGCUUCCUUCCUUGCCUCCCAUUCUGAUGAAACUCGGCCUCUGUCACUGUGCCUGGACCUCUCAGGUGCUAGAGGGUCGCAGCAACGCCAGCGGCAGAGACACUUUAGGCAGAUUCUGCGGCUUUAGCAAGUCUGCCCUCUACUUCAUCACAGGAACAAUUCAGCCCAGGAACAAAGUCACAGCCCCUCUGGCAUCCAGGGACAGAAUAACCUUUCUGAAACAUAACAAGUGACCUGGGUAGAGGAGGUCAGGGCCCCAGGACAGGAGGGGCUGUGUACCCCUCUCCUUGGAAUGUGGACCUCUCUGGGUAGUUAGGGAGGACAGGACACCUCCACUGUUUCAUGCAGAAACAAGGGCACAUUCUAUCCUGGCAGCCUUUGCCCGUCUCCCUCAAGCCCCACACGCAGGGGCAUUUCCUGGGCUUUUGGCGGAUUUGGUGGUAUCCAGGUCCUCUUUGCAAAGCUAGAGCACAGCUUAAGAUUUCUCUCCUCCCAUCCUCCAACCCCCUCCUUUGCCCUUACUGCCCAGCCCCAACCUUCUGCAAUCUGUUAUUUCCUUUUAUAUCCAAAGAAUUAUAAACAGAAGUCCUUCCCUCGAGGAAGGAGCAGUAAAGGCCAGUGGGGUCACAAGGGACAGAAGAAAAACCCCCUGGUUCUUCAGCCUCUUGGACAGCAGAGGCCUCGGUGAGGCAAAGAGAUGGGCAGAAACGCUUUCAAGGGUUCCUUGAUGGGCGGGAGAGCCCACCUGGAGGCCAGGUACGUCUCUAGCAGUUGCCUGCGAGGCUGCAGCCCCAGCGAAGUCACUCCUGUGGUGGAGGAUGAAAUUGUAUCCCUGGAGACAGAGGUGUUGGGUGUUCUGUCCUGACCACAUGGGCUCACCUGGAGGAAAGGUCAGGAGAGUGGGAAACAUACGCGGGAGGGGUGGCGAACGAGAGCUUUCCCCUGUGCUCUCAGGCUUGGCAGGCAUUUCAGCUGCAGGGGUUUGGCAGUGAGCCAGCUCAGAGAGCUGCUUCCCCCAGGGGAACUCCAUUGGCUCCGGAGGGAUACUGGAUAUCUUGAGCCCCUGCUAUGGGAACAUGGAGAGGUCCCAAGGUCAAGGCCCAGCUGUAUUUGCAGACAGCUGCCCUUGGCCUCCAAGCUGUGGCCCCUUUUUCAUCCAGGGCGAAGGUUGAGGCCAACACUGCAGCUGAGUAGGAGGCGGCAGCAGCUUCUAGCCAACUCACCCCACAAUCUAUCGUCCCUCAGUUUCCUUCUCAGGGAAAUGGGGACUUGGCCCCUCUCAGCAUCUCGAAGGGGAGCCCAGGGGAGAAGUUUAACCCAAAAAGGCAGAAGCAGCCCCCGCAUCCACAGACCAUGUGCCCCAAGCACCCGACUUGUAGCCCAGGCUUUUCUUCCUCCCGUUCCUUUUAGGUGCUGGGGGUGGGGUCUGGCUGCCUUGUUUCCUGCCCUGAGUCUCACGCCUUCCCAGAGGUCAGGUUGCACUGUUUUGUCCUCCCUGUUUCUAAUUUCCUCCACUCCAAUGUUCUCUCCCAGACCCUGCCUUGAGGUGGGGACGAAGAGCUCCAGGGGUGAGGCAGGUGGCAACAUGAGUAGACGAUUCCGAGGAGGGGUCGGGCCUCCUGGUCUUGCUGCGUGGCACUGAGUCCUCCUCGCAGACAGGUGAGACGGCUUAGCUUUCCCAUCUAUAAAAGGGAGAACGCCGCCGGCUCAUUUCCUCUCUAGUUCUGUGGGCUGUUGUGUGGUGGGAUAAAGAGACGUGAAGGGUGCUUGAGGCUCUUAUGACUUGAGUGUUGUCUGGGACCCUGGCCGGAGGGAUCCCGAGGAACUUCUUGUCUCAGGUCUUUUUUUAUUAGAAUGUCAUUUCCUUCUCCAUUCCCAGAGAAGGGCUUUCUGCAUGUAGCAUAUGGGUCAAUGGGAAUAUAUAGGAAGAUUGUUAUUUUUGGAAAAAAAAAAAAAAACAGCAAUAAUUUAACUAAC